AUGACAUUGACACCUAAGAAGUCUCAGCUGCAACACACUUGGAGUAAGUUUCACGAAUAUAAGAAACCCUUUGAGCAGGUAUUGCCCGUAGCCCGAAAAGUAGCCCAGGUUCUGAAGGAAUCUUUUGGAUGUAAUAUGUGUGGGAUAGUUUUCUGUAACAUGUCUGAGCUUAGUGACCAUGAGGAAGCCCACAAAGGAGAGAAAUUCUACAAACCUAGUAAUGGUGAGAAAUCUUUCCACAAGAAGUCACACCUCAUAAAACAAGAAGAAACACACACAGUGGAAGAGCAUACACAAUGUAAGAGAUUCUGCGAGAGGUCAGAAGUAAGCAGUGAUCAGCAGGUGUCCACUAGGGAAAAACUUACUAGAUGUAAAAUCUACAGGAAGCCCUUUUCCCAGAAGGCGAACCUCCAAGCUAAUGAGAGAACUCACAUAGGUAAGGAGUCCUAUGAGUGUAAGAAAUGCAGGGCAUUUUUCUGUUACAAGUCCCACCUCACAGAGCAUCAGAGAAAUCACACAAAAGAAAGACUGUACAAAUGUGACGAAUGUAGGAAAUUGUUCAGCCAUUGGGCCUCCCUUCUCACACAUCAGAAAAUCCAUACCGACGAGAGACCUUAUCAGUGCGGAGAGUGUCGGAAAACUUUCCGUUGUAAGUCAUACCUCAUUGUGCAUCAGAGAACUCACACCGGUGAGAAACCCUAUGAGUGUCCAGAAUGUAGGAAGACGUUCAAAAGUUUAUCUUCCCUCACGGUGCACCGAAGGACCCACACAGGUGAGAAGCCCUAUCAGUGUGACAGGUGUCCCAAAGCAUUCUGCUCUAAGCCCCUCCUCACCGUCCACCUGCGACACCACACAGGUGAGAAGCCCUACGAGUGUCAGGAAUGCAGGAAGGCUUUCUAUUCCGCAUCCAGCCUCCGGGUGCACCGGAAAACGCACACAAAUGAGAGGCCCUAUGAGUGUGCACACUGUAAGAAGAUGUUCAAAUGCGCUUCAUACCUCUCCAUCCAUCAGAGGAUUCAUACCGGCGAGAAGCCCUACCAGUGUUCCGAAUGUGGCAGAGCCUUUGUGUGGAAGUCAUGUCUCACCGUCCACCAGAGAGCUCACAGCAGUCAGAAGCCCUACGAGUGUGAGGUGUGUAAGAAAGCAUUCAAAGUUCUGAAGUCCUUGCAUGUGCACCAGCGACGUCACAUGGGUCAGAUGGCCCUGUGA